AUGGGUCCACAACAAACAAGCAGCUUCGGCCAAUCUUCGAUCGUAAGUAUCCUGGUCGGACAAGACAAGUCGAAAUUCAGCGUCCACAAAGAUGUACUGGUGAAAGCAUCCCCGUUCUUUGCGAAGUGUUUGGCGUCGAACAUGAGGGAAGCUACAACAGGCGUGAUCGAGCUGCCAGAGGAUGACUGCGCCACUUUCGGUGCCUUUGUUCACUACAUGUACAAAGACGAAAUCUUGACAAGUUGUUCAGGAUAUGACUUUGCAUCUCUUUCUAUCAAGUCGUGGGUCCUCGCGGAAAAAUUCUGCAUGCCCAGAUGGCAAAACCUAUUGAUCGAUGCCUUGGCUCAAUACUGGGAACAAGAAGUGGUCCAGCAUGAGGAGGUUAUCUUGACCACCGGAAUUACCAGCGACGACCAUAAACUUCGAAAAAAUGGUCUAUGA